AUGUCGUCACACAUUGAUGAAGAAGGCAAUUGUACAAAUGAAGCAUACGUUGCUAUUGCCAAUGGCAACACAAAAUGCAACAAAGUAGGAAGUCGUGGUGGUGCCGGUGGGUACAUAUCUGGAAUUAUUAAAUUAUCUAAGCGUAUCACUGCUUAUGCUACAAUCGGCGGCCGAGGAAUAUACGCGUUUAGUGUUCUUUAUCCUUCUUUUGAUCGCAAUGAUAUGAUUAAAGGCGGUUAUGGAGGAGGAGGUUAUGCUUUUAAUUACUACGAUGGCGGCGACGCUGAUGGUGCGGGAAGUGGCGGAGGUCAAACCGCUGUCAAAUUCCUGGCAAAUGACCUUUGGCACUGA